AUGUCCACUGAUACUUACGUCGGCGACAUUCAAAUCGUAGAUGGUCCUGAUGAUCUCUACGAAUUCUGCAGGAAUAUCUUGUUCAGAGAGCCUUUGGGUUUAGACUUCGAGUGGAACAGAGAGUUCAAAGGACAGAACAACCCGAUUGCUUUGAUUCAAGUCGCCACUCCAACCAAUGGAGUUUUACUUUUCCGUUGUAGACCUGGCGAGGAUCUCCAUCCUAUACUUCGCGAUGCUCUCACAUGCCCCAACACCGUCAAAGUUGUCUGUGGUUUCGAUAGUCGCGAUAAGAAGAAAUUAAUGGAGAGUUUUGGCAUUGAAAUUCCCCCACGAUCUCUCGUUGACGUGUCUAAAGAGGCUCAGAGACAAGGGAUGCACAAGACUGGGUUGAAGGCUAUUUGCCGCGACCUUCAGUUCAACAUUUUCAAACCUACUUACCCGAAUUUCCAUCAGUGGAGUGGACGUCUGAGGAAGAGUCAAAUUCGUUAUGCUGCGGCUGAUGCCUGGUUCCCUCUGCUGAUUGCUGUCGAAUGGGGACUCAUUGAUAUUGAUGAGAACGUUCAAGAGCAGAUGCUCGAUUUGGUUGACUCCUAUGCAACCGUGUAG